GCCAUGGCUACAACAGCUCCUCUAGAAAUUCUGAGAUAUUAGUGAUAUCAUAUUACUUCAGUUUGUGUAAGGGCGGAAGACGGCUGAUCCAGCAGAUCCUGCUGGCCAUGUCUGGGCAAACGAAGUGUGAAAAUGAAGAUGGUUUGAUCUUGGUUGGUAUAUCGUGGAUCUCUAAAGCAGAAGGUAGUCAUAUUAGCAAUGUGAUCAAAACCUAUGAGGGGUGCGAUCUGAAGCAAGUGACUGCAGUUCUAAAGCAGCAUGAGCCUGUACAGCUGGAGCAACAGGGUGAUGUACCGUGUGUCGUUACCCUCCAGUGUGCUGCUGCUGACCCUCGCAGUGUCAUCACUUGGCUCCUGGUGGUGAGUGAAGCUCGCACCAUUGAGGUUUACUCCGCAUCCGGUGACUACUGCGGCACCUCUCGCGGAGAAGAAGACCCCAGACUCAGUGCCUCAGGCAGCGGCAGACCUUUCUACCAAAAAUAUUUGAAGUUGCAGUGCCCCACCACGUCUUGUGAAGUGAAACUGUUGUCCCUCGGAGGCCAUGCCAGUGUGGACAUAGCUGGCAUUCACGUAGGAGUUGAGCGAGCACUGGGGCCUUCUGAGGAGGGCGAGAAGGAUGUGGUGGACGGUCUCGGCGGAGUGGGGGCGAGUAUCGACCUGAAGCAGGUUCAGAGCAUGGUGGCAGAGAUGGGUGCCACUCUCUCACCCGGCGCUCAGCACCUCAUGGACAUGGUGCAGUUUCAGCAGAGGAGCAGGGCCGAUGCCAUGGCGGGCUUUCUCCCUCUCCUUAUGGGCUGCGGUGGUGGUGCCUUGUCAGGCCUGGCCACCAAUAAAGGCUCCUCUGUGUUUGUCCCCAACGUCCCAACUGCAGGCCACCAGGCACCCGCCUCACCCUCUCUGUCAGCAGUCACCCACACUCAAGCUCCGUCCUCACCUCGUGCCACUGCCACCCCUCCGCCCACGCCUGUGCCAUUGCCUGGGUGUGCUGCUGGACCCGCACCGGCCAACAGCAACAACAAACUGGCUGAAGUGAUGUCAGCACUGAUGAUGCACGCCUCCUCCUCCUCCUCUUCCUCCCUGCCCGGUCAGCACUGUGCUGCCUCUGCCUCUCCGUUGUCGUCGUCGUCGGAUCUGUUGCCGUUCCUUCAGAGCGUCUGCUGCCAAGUGGCCCGGCUGCGCAUGGACGACGCCACCGCUGCUGCGGCAGCCCACAGCAAGGGCCACAUGCCCAAUGGACCACCGGAGGUGCACCAGUGCUGCCGAGGGCUAGAGGAGGCGCUUGGCAGGCGUCUGCAGGAGAUGGAGGAGCGACUUAGGGAGCAUCUGGACCAGCGGCUCAGCUCCCUGGAACAGAAGCUGGAUGCCGUGCUGCAGCAGGUUCACCUCACCCCAACCUAGUGUUUCUCAACGGGGGCUAUACUAUAAUGAUGUUUAAUCAAGUAGCAUCGGGUGCCCUCAAAAGACUGCACCACCCUGCGUUGGCCCACUACGCAGUCGUAGUCAAAGAGACAUCUACUGCUCCAUAUCUACGAGUCUGUCUCACUUCAUUACAUUACAUUACACUUAGCUGACGCUUUUUAUCCAAAUCGUCAAAUACAAUUAUUUUAAGUACAAGGUAUCAGUUACAGUCCCUGGAGCAGUGUGGGGUUAGGUGCCUUGCUCAAGGACACCUCAGCCAUGGACUAAAAUAGGGAGUGGGAGGGUGGGAUUUGAACCUUCAACCCUCUGAUCUAAAGCCCACCUCCUUAACCAUUUGGCCAUGGCUGCUCACUUCACCAGACCCCCUUUCAUGCAGUACCGUCUCUAUGCCACUAGAGGUGCACUGCUGUGUUUGCUGCUUUUUGUUUCAAAUGGUCUUGUUAGCUUACUGCACUGAUAUUUUCUGUUCUUUCUUUUUUUUACCAAAAUCCAAAGGCUAUUAAACUGGUUCAUGGUUGAGAGUUCGAAAGGACUAAAAAAUAAUGGUUAAUUGUUAACCUUAUCAGUCUAGACAAUGUUUUGACCUUUUACUUGUAAUAUAGGGUGACCAGAUUUUUGUAGUCUGAAACCGGGACACUUCCUGCAUGACUGAAGGACAAUAUUUAGCGGGCGGGUCUGGGGGUCCUCCCCCAGGAAAAUUUGUACUUUUUAGAUGCAAUUUCCUGCAUUGUAAUCGAUUUUAGAGGGAGGAAUGACAAAUCGCAACUGACUCCUUCAGACUUUCUAAACAAGCGCUAGCUGCCAUUAAUUGUGGCAGGUAAACAUAAUCUUUUCCAUAUAUUUACCCUGAUAGACAUGGCACAAUGUAGUGGGUGGCCAAAACCGGGACAUAUUUGUGUCCCGAGAGGGUUUGUUCGGGACCUGGGACACACAACUCAACGGUCAAACCGGGACGUCUGGUCACCCUAUAGUAAUACUUUAUCAUAACUGUUUUUUAAGCUUACUGUAACUUAUUCUGUUAAAUUAUGAACUCACUUCAGGUUGUCACUUACAGUAGGCCCCAUAACACCAUUUUAUUAACGGUUGACUGUUUUGAGUGGAAGAAACAAGAAGACAUGACGAAUAAAUCAGAUGUGCACUGA